CUUCUUUCUCUCUCUAGUUUAUUUAUUUUCCGGCUAGGGUUUCCGAGGUCUCUGCCAUUCCAGAUUUUUUUCCGGCGGAGGUUCGCCGAGUCGUGCUGUAAUUCCUGUAUAAGUUGUAAAUUAUGUCGAGCCGCUUCGACGAUUCGCUGGAUUCACUCUUUCAUUACGAGCCGAGCCGCGUUGAUGUUGAGGCGAGAGGUACAACAGAAUCCUCCGAGGCAUCUGUUUCACCAACCCCUUCCAAUCGUUCAUCUGACAAGGCGUCAAAUCAUGCAAAUCCGUCAGAUGUCGGCUCUCCAGAUGAUGAGCCGUCGGUUUCGAUGAGCCGUCCCCAGGAUCCCGUUCCUGAUGAAGAUAUUGAUCGCGCCGCACUCAAAGCCGAGGAGGAGGCAUUUCCCUUUGACCUAUUCGAGGCGAAGCGUGAGUUGGAACGUGUCAUGGCGUCCCGAGGCGCUUCCACAUCUGGGCGAGGGCCACGAGUUAAGAGACAAAAGCCCGACCCGCCUGGCUCUACGCUUUGCUCCCUUGAGUCGCUCGAGGCGUUGGGGCAUCGCUUUGGGAUAUCCGAGGCGGUGGAGUUUGUCGUUCCAAAGAAAAGCGACCGUGCCGACAAGCUUCCAGAGAAUCACUUCACUCUGUACGAGGCGUUCUUCGAGAUUUGCUUUCUCUGGUUCCCGAUCCCCGGAGUGAUCCUUGAAUAUCUCUGGAAACACAGGAUCUCGAUUGGGCAAAUCAUGCCGAGGGGAUUAUGGCAUAUGAUUGGCAUCUUAGUCCGAAGCUUUGAAUGCGGGCCUGAUAUCGAGCUGAAUCGCCUGCUGAACUUGUUGGAAAUCAGAAAAGCUCCGAAAGGAAAUAGAUUCUAUAUUUCCAACAAGGCGAAGCGACGGAUCAUAGGCGGUUUUCCCAGCAAGGAUCAGUUUUGGACUGAACGCUUCUUCUACGUCUUGGUGAACGAGGCGUCGGUCGGCGAGGAUUACGUUCAGAGAACCAAGACCGCUUGGGGACCACUUGUUCGGAACAUUCUUCCCCCGAUUCCCGACGACCUCUUUGUUGUUCGAGGUUCUCUUUCGGCUCGGAAGGUCAAUUAG